CUCACGUCUGGGUCUCGGUUUCUCUUAACAUGAAGUUUCGGCGUCAGUUACGAAAAUUUAAACAUGUCGCCGUACAUCAAGAAUGUUUGGUAUCUUGUGUUUUACAUCCAGAUACUCGUGAAACUGGUUCAUUCUGAAGAUGAUGUACCUGAACCAGUCGGCUUGUUCCCUUUGAACUCACUGCAUACAACCAAAGACAUCAGUAAUAGUUAUCUGACAGCUGGCACUGCUGUUGGUGUUAGUCUUGCCCCAGGACCAGGUGGUAAACCAGGCGGGUCGUACUAUUUUCCAGGAAGUUCAAGCAGCUACAUCGAUAUUCCACAACAAGCAAAGCUUGACACCAGAUAUUCGAUUACAGUACUUAUUUGGGUAUACAACGAGGGAACUUCAGGUCCAAUAUUCAUUUACGAAACAGGCACUGCUGACUGGGCCCUACAUAUGUUCAUAGUCGGGGCAUCUUCCUUGUUCUUUAAAUCAACUAGACGAAAUGAUUUUGCACAUUUUCCACCUGCCAUGUUUGAUUAUGGAACUGUAAACAUUUGGAGAUAUGUAGGAUACACUUACGAUUACAACACAGGGUAUCAACGAUUGUUUGUUGAUGGAGUUCAGGUAGCUGAAGAAUCUGUUGGCCAACUCGAACUUUCUUCAAAUUACAAGAUCAGACUAGGUGGUGUUAAAGCAGGUGAUGCCAGAACUUUCAAAGGCCGUCUUUCCUGUCUUCAAAUAUUUGACAAAGCACUAACACAGUCGCAAGUGCAAGCUGUCAAAGGAAAUUGUAUAGAGAAAAACGAUUAUACUGCUUGCCUUGAUCCAAGAAUAAUCAGUGAUCCAACGAGAGCAUUAGAAUUCAAGGUCAGCAGCCAAGCCCCUGACAGACACACCUUUAUUCGUAGGCGAUGGUAUCGAUUGAAGAGCAAAGAUUGGACAAGAAUCGUCACAUCAUGUCCAGCCCAAGGUUCCUGUGGAGCCCAAUCUCCAGGAUGGCUCAACGGUCAAUAUCCAUCAAUAGAGGCUGGGAUAAUAAAGAUGGAAAUAUGUUACCGUUCAGGAUCAGACUGCUGUGCUAACAAGGCAACUGUGUAUGUAAGACAGUGCUAUGGGUACCCUGUGUUCAUGCUUGACGAUGUACCAGAUGUCAGCCUUAGUAAUCGUGUUUGUACAAAAACAGAUUCAGACGCAUUCCCAAAUAUCAUGUUCCAGUCAGCCAAUGAGAGUUGUUUAUCUGGCCACGUGAUGAAAACAGUAAAUGACGUCGUUGAUGAUUCUACCUGCAUUACGUACUGUUUACAUACCGGCCAGGAAUGCAAAUCUGUCAAUUUCGUUAAACCCCUUAAUGGAACAUGCCAGUUGAACAAUGCUACCUUGACGGAUCACCCACUGCAUGCUACUGUAAACAGUGGUUGUAGAUAUUAUCAGCGUACAUCAGUGAUGUCAUAUAUUAUACCAUAAAUAGAGGAUAUUACACGUUGGCUUAAGAUAUGAAGUCUAUUUUCGAGUGAUAAAAAAUAUUUCACGAGUGGGCGCAGCGAACGAGUGAAAUAUUUUU